ACCUAAAGUUAUUUGCAUAGAGAACCCUCUUUAGCUCUAAAGAACUUCUUCAUAAUUCCAGUUAAACUUCAACUUCAAUUUUCUCUUUCAAACUUUACCUUCAAUGGCUACAUCAAUAACAGGAAACACUAAAAUCUUUAAUAAUUUAAGUUCUUGCAGUUCUUUAUCUGUUACUAAUAUCAAAACACAUGUGCCCAUUUAUUCUCUUCAAUUCCCUUUAUCCUUUAAACCUACUUCAUAUUAUUACAACAUCAAAUCCACAAGGUCAACUACUAUUUAUGGGAAGAGGAGAGCAUCAGAACAUUUGCUCCGGGUUCCAAUUAUUUCGUGUGUAGCCCAAGAUAGUUCUGAAAGACAUCCAGAAUCUGUGAAUUUUUCUGCUUCAAGUGAUUCUUCGAAGGAAGCAGCUUUUGACUUGAAAUUACCAAGAAGAAGUCUAUUAGCAACUUUCACAUGUAAUGCUUGUGGUGUUCGAACUCAAAGACUCAUAAACAGAUUAGCAUAUGAAAGAGGGACUGUGUUUAUACAGUGUUCAGGGUGCUCUCAAUAUCAUAGAUUAGUUGACAACCUUGGACUUGUGGUCGAGUACAACUUCAAGGACGAAAUUAGUAUGGAUCCAGAUGCUGAUCAAGAAUGACUGAAGUGUAUGGAUUAUAUACCUUUAGGCUCUAGCAAGAGAGUAAUAGUAUUGAUAGUGCAUUAGUGCCAUUUUCCAGGUGAGAGAAAAUCAAUUACAUUGAUGUAAAUGUCUGGAUGAAAAGAAUAUCAAUGAGAUAACAACAAACAAUGACAAUCAUAUUCCAAUUAUUUUUCCUCUAAACACAUAAUUAGUCCCAUACUCCCAUCUCAAUUCAAAAUUUUCUUUCUGGUAAUGAAACAUAUAGCUUUUCAUGUAAUGGGUAACUCAGAUUACGAUGGCCAAAAGAAUAGUCAUCGCCAAACCAGCAUUCGCCCACAUUCUAGAUCUGCUUCCUUGCAGUAAAAUCGUUGCUCCAUUCUGCAGUCAAGUGAGAGAGUAAGUGAAUUUAUUCUAUUAGAGCUGUUCCUGUCAAUGUACA